GGGGCGGGCCGGUUUGUUACCCGGAUGUAGAAGCCCAUGUGCGUUGCAGUGGAGCUACUUGAGUUGCAGCAGGAGCUUCACAUCACUAGUUAGAUUUCUCUCUCUAUCUCUCUCUCCUUCAGCCGCUUGCUUCGGUUCCAGUCACCGCCAAAAGAUGCUGCGCUUGCCCAGUGUGAUGAGGCAGAUGAGGCCAGUGUGCAGGGCUCUAGCUCCACACCUCACUCGUGCCUAUGCCAAGGAUGUAAAGUUUGGAGCUGAUGCCCGGGCGCUCAUGCUCCAGGGAGUGGACCUGUUGGCAGAUGCUGUGGCUGUCACUAUGGGACCGAAGGGUCGCACAGUGAUCAUUGAGCAGAGCUGGGGCAGCCCAAAGGUUACCAAAGACGGAGUCACAGUUGCCAAAAGCAUUGAACUUAAAGACAAAUACAAGAACAUCGGGGCCAGGCUGGUGCAGGAUGUGGCUAAUAACACAAAUGAGGAGGCAGGUGAUGGCACCACCACCGCCACCGUGCUGGCACGGGCCAUUGCCAAAGAGGGAUUUGACACCAUUAGCAAAGGCGCCAACCCCAUAGAGAUCCGCAGAGGAGUCAUGCUUGCUGUGGAAACGGUCAUCAACGAGCUCAAGAAGGUCUCCAAACCAGUCACUACACCAGAGGAAAUUGCUCAGGUAGCCACUAUUUCUGCCAACGGAGACACUGAAAUCGGUGCAAUUAUCUCCAACGCUAUGAAGAAAGUUGGACGUAAAGGAGUGAUCACUGUAAAGGAUGGCAAAACAAUGCAUGAUGAACUGGAGAUCAUUGAAGGAAUGAAGUUUGACCGUGGCUACAUUUCACCCUACUUUAUUAACACUGCUAAAGGUCAGAAAUGUGAGUUCCAGGAUGCCUAUGUGCUUCUGAGUGAGAAGAAGAUCUCCAGUGUCCAGAGCAUCGUGCCAGCCCUGGAGAUUGCCAACCAGCACCGUAAACCCCUGGUCAUAGUGGCUGAGGAUGUUGAUGGAGAGGCCCUCAGCACGCUUGUCCUUAACAGGUUGAAGGUUGGACUGCAGGUUGUGGCAGUAAAGGCCCCAGGCUUCGGAGACAACAGGAAGAACCAGCUGAAAGACAUGGCAAUUGCAACUGGAGGAACUGUGUUUGGUGACGAGGCUGUCGGCCUCGCUGUUGAGGACAUACAAGCACACGACUUCGGGCGUGUAGGUGAGGUUGUUGUGACCAAGGAUGACACCAUGCUGCUGAAGGGCCACGGCGACCCAAGUGCUGUUGAGAAGCGUGCUGCCGAGAUCAUCGAGCAGCUGGAGAACACCACCAGCGACUAUGAGAAGGAGAAACUCAAUGAGCGCCUGGCCAAACUUUCUGACGGAGUGGCUGUACUCAAGGUUGGUGGAACAAGUGACGUGGAAGUGAAUGAGAAGAAAGACAGAGUAACUGAUGCUCUGAACGCCACCAGGGCUGCUGUCGAAGAGGGCAUUGUUCCUGGAGGUGGCUGUGCUCUCCUGCGCUGCAUCCCUGUCCUGGACACCAUCAAACCAAUCAACGAAGACCAGAAGAUUGGUAUUGACAUCAUCCGCAGAGCGCUACGCAUCCCUGCUAUGACCAUUGCUAAGAAUGCAGGAGUGGAAGGUUCUCUGGUGGUGGAAAAAAUCUUGCAGAGCAGCUCUGAGAUUGGCUACGAUGCCCUUCAUGGCGAGUAUGUCAACAUGGUGGACCGAGGAAUCAUUGACCCUACAAAGGUGGUCAGGACAGCACUGCUGGACGCUGCUGGUGUUGCAUCCCUGCUCUCAACAGCAGAGGCUGUGGUCACUGAGUUGCCCAAGGAGGAGAAAGAAAUGCCAGGAGGAAUGGGAGGCAUGGGUGGUAUGGGUGGAAUGGGUGGUAUGGGUUUCUAAACUCCACUACCAUUCAGUGCCAUUCAGACUUUAAGGGAGGGUAAGGGCAGGGUGCACAGGUCGACCCUUCCCUUACACCUCUUCACUUGCCCAGGAGUGAUAAUGCAGAAGAAAUGUAUGACCCCAUCCCUAAUUCUUCUAUUAAAAAAGGAAAGAAAAAAGAAGUCUGAUCUCACCUCUCCACUCGGGGCUGAAGCUGACCUGACCUUAUUGCUCAGAAGACAUACAUCAAGUGACCGGACUCUGCCUAUGUAAUCAACCCAUACUCAGCAUGCUCAGUUUGAUCAGUGGUUAAUACAGAAAGCAGCUAGAAUGCUCUUUUAAUGUGUGCUAUUUACACAUUAA